UCUCAAAGAAAUGCAGAAAAACUUUAUGUUCAUCGAAGUCUCAUGAUAUCACUUAUCCUGGCAAACUUGGUUUACAUGGCAGAUGUUUUCUUCGCUAAAAGGAAUAACUAUCGGAUUUUAUGCACACUCUUAGCAGUAGUGCAGCACUAUUUUCACACAGCUGUCUUCUCAUGGAUGCUGUGUGAGGGACUUCACCUGUAUUUCAUGCUUGUAAAGGUCUUUGUCUUGACAAAGCUAUCCUUGAUACAUUGUUUCAUAGGAUGGGGACUUCCAGUGGUCAUUCUCGUUUUCACGGCUGCCAUUCAACCAUCUACMUACGACAUGAGUACGAAACACGAGGUCUACCAAUGUGGUACUCAGGAGAUUGAAAUCACCGUGGAACGAAACUUUUGCUGGUUGAACGGUGGCUUCUGGAUAUACAAUGGACCAGUACUCGGCAUACUAUUGGUAAACUUUGCACUAUUUUUGGUGUUCUUGAAUAUUGCAUACGGAAAGUUGUCUCAACGAUUUGCUGACAAUAAACUGAAGAAAGCAAGGAAAUGCAUCAAGUGUGUUGCCGCUCUUCUUCCUCUGCUGGGUUUGGUGUGGCUUUUCGGGUACACAGUAAACUURCAYUGGAUUCUUGCUUACAUCUUCAUYAYCAUCAACUCUUCACAAGGCAUCAUGAUCGUCAUAUUCCAUUGUGUUCUAGAUGAUCAGGUAAAAGCCAACUUAAAAUCGAAAUUUAAGCAGCGAAGACGAUUAAAGAAUAAAGAGAUGGUUGUUCAAGGGAAUGUACAUAUCCAGUGUGAAGAAAAGGAGCAAGAAAACGAUGGAAAGAAUAUAGAAGGUAAUGAUGUACAUAUCCAUUGUGAAGAAAAGGAGAAAGAGAACGAUGAAAGGAGCAAAGAAGGGAAUGCACAUAUUCCGUUUGAAGAAAAGGAGGAUGGCAUCCUGGGAAGAAACAAUGAAGAAAUUGAAGAAAACACAUCGGACAACAUAAUAGAAAGCAAGUUCUAGCAUAUGAGUUAAGACUUUAUAUCUAAAUCAAGUCAAACAAGACUAGCCAAGAAGAAUAGUGAACAAUUGCAAAAUAUUUAAAGAAGUAGAGUUCAUCUAUUGAGUAACGAAAACAACAGGAAUAGAAGCUAUAUUUUAGCUUUAGUAUACCGUUAUGAUUUGAUUCUUAGAUAAUUUCUUCAAAAUUCUGUAGAUUAGGAUUUCUGUGUAUAUGACAUAUAAGACUUUUUUAGGAACAAAGUAGAUUGUGAAAAACAGCUUGAUGUCUAGCGUGGGUUGUAAGAGGGUCUCAAUGGGGGGGU